AUGCUCAGUUUCGUUGAACUCGAACUCGAAAUUAUACAUUGUAUCUGCGAGGAAUUACUGGUCAAUGAUGUCCUCUCUCUCCGUCAGACUUGUCGCUCAUUGUAUCAUGCAACACAUUCAAGGAUUGUUUGGAUUCGAUAUUUGGUCGUCCUCAAAGCAAAAGGGGCUGUACUGCCCUCGUAUGUGCAAGACUAUCGCCUCCUCGAGUCCGACGUCCUUGAAGCCUUAGUUUUCCGGCUGACUUCGGUCGCGAACAAGUGGGCUCGCCACGAUAUGACUCCAAUCAAGUCCGUCUCUCUGGUCGUCCCACACUCGAUAACAUGGCUGCGCAUCGUCGAUGGCCGAUAUGUAUUUGUGGCGUAUUCUGACCAAAAGGUCAGCGUUCUCGCAUGCUGGGAUUUCUGGUGGCUGCAAUGUGGUGAUAUCAACCCAAUCGCUCUUGCAUUCCUUCCAGGUCGUGUCGAUACUGCGCAAGUAGAGAUGCAAGAGAAUGGCGUUGUUCUAACCCUCGGACUAGAUGGCAAAAACCCCAGUGUGCUCGUAACCACACUCCAGGAACAAGAAGAUGAUACGUUUGCGUUCUAUGAACUGGCGCGAAUCGAAAAGUCGUCGCAUAUCCUCAUGCUAAAUGGCUCAUUCGUUGGCUGCGCUAUUCGUGACGGUAUCAACAUCCUUCACCUGGUUAAUUGGAGAGACGGAGCUAUUCGUGAGAUCCCGCAGGCCGCAGCUGGGUUCUCUAACUCGGUCAGAGCGAGUGUCCCAUAUCUGAUCACAUUGUCUGGCGAGGUUCUCGUUAUCGUGUACUCGGUUGGCGUCGAAAUCUAUCACUGUCCGCCAUCAUCAAACGACCCCAUCGUCUUCGUUCAACAUAUCACGCGUUCUACUAUUUGGGAAGCUGUUGCUACUCCCCUUACCCAUUUGCAAGCCACACAGCUGACAUUAAUCACCCGCGUUGGUCUUGAAAUUUUGACUAUCGACGACCGAGUGCUGGACAUUAACACACAAACACCGAGUCUUAUUUGUGUUGCUCGAGCGCCGUUGUGUAGCUGUCGAGGUCCCACUGCCAGUGUUCCGUGCAGCUUCAUCGACCACGCUGCUCGGUGGUACGGACUGUCUGUGGGUGACUCCGGCCGUCGAUUCAUGUGGAUAUCUGUGGUAGGAGAACCUGGAAAGGACUACUCACUACCAUCAUUUGUGUCCGCUCGACUUCCAGAAGCGUCGGGUCAUGCAGAGCUUGUCUCGUGGCCCAUGAAUCCAAAUAAUGAACUAGCGCUCUGGGCACUACCCCGGUUCGAUUUCGAUGAGGCUCUCGGCACAGCUGUCGUCGGGAACUGUUUCGGAGAACUGGAGUUUUAUGACUUGGAUGAGCAUUUGUUGGCAUGCCUGUGGCUGUCACGAUACCCCUUCUGGAGGCCUGAGCAUCGGUCGACGAAGAUGUUGUCGUUGGCGCCAUUAGCUCUCGAUGUGCCUCCUCAGCCAAUUUUCGGUUCACCUGAAUCGCUGCCUGACAGCACGGCCCACUGGUCCCAAGAUCCUAUUGUUAAUGGUAUCGAAUGGGCCGGGAAUUGGACAGGUUGUAGAACCAAACAUCUUUGGCAAGGUUUGCCUUUCGACUAUGCGUGGAUGCUCAGGGAAGCCUUCGGAAUCCCGGGUCGAGUGAUUCCUCAAUACUAUGGCCAGCCAUCCCCCUACGCGCUUCAUCAGUCCCUCACCUUCCGCAUUGGGAAACGCUACUUUGAGCACUGGGAUGGCGACGAGAUGGCAUUAUGUACGUGGUCACCGGCAAUAAGCACACUUCGGGAUUUGGAGCAGGAGCGGGAGCCGACCAUGGACUGGAGAGCCCCCACAAAACUGACUGCAACUCGUCGCACGGCAUUUUCCAUGUGCCAUGCCUACAUCGAUGGCUUUUACCACGAGGUAUACCUCAAUCCAUGUCCUCGAUAUCGCUGGCUGGAAAUGAAAGAUCGCGGGGGCGAUGUAGAGUGGAACAAUAUUUGA